AUGGGGUCCAUGUUCCGAAGCGAGGAAAUGGUACUCACACAACUUUUCAUUCAACCGGAAGCUGCCUAUUAUUCCAUAUCAGAAUUGGGUGAAACUGGAUGUGUACAAUUCAGAGAUUUGAAUGUGGAUGUGAACGCUUUCCAACGAAAGUUCGUCAACGAAGUGAGAAGAUGUGAUGAAAUGGAGAGAAAGUUGAGGUAUAUUGAGGUGGAAGUUAAGAAAGAUAACGUCAACAUUCCCGAUGUCAGCGAAUUGCCGAAAGCUCCAAAUCCUCGAGAAAUCAUCGAUUUAGAAGCUCACCUGGAAAAAACCGAAGGAGAAAUCAAAGAGCUUUCCGAGAGCGCCGUCAACCUUAAAUCAAAUUUCCUCGAGCUCACCGAGCUGCGCCACGUGCUCGAGAAGACCCAGUCCUUCUUCAACGAGCAAGACGAGGCGAACGGCCUCAACGACUCCGUCCACAAGUCCCUCAUCCCCGCUGAGGAUCACAACGUGUCCAUCAGGGGGAGGUUAGGAUUUGUGGCGGGGGUGAUAAACAGGGAGAGGUUGCCGGCUUUUGAGCGGAUGCUGUGGCGUAUUUCCAGAGGAAACGUAUUUUUGAGGCAGGCCGAGAUCGAGAAGCCUCUAGAGGACCCGACGACGGGAAACGAGCAUUAUAAAACUGUUUUCGCGGCCUUCUUCCAAGGUGAACAGUUGAAGACGAGGAUCAAGAAGGUAUGUGCAGGGUUUCAUGCCUCCUUGUAUCCCUGCCCUAACACCAUCAAUGAGAGAAAUGAUAUGCUGAAAGGAGUGCGAACUCGUCUUGAAGACUUGAACUUGGUCUUGAAUCAAACUAGAGACCAUCGUCAGAGAGUAUUAGUAAGCGUCGCUAAAGAGUUACAGAAUUGGAGUAUCAUGGUCAGCAAGAUGAAGGCCAUCUAUCACACUUUGAACUUUUUCAACAUGGAUGUGACGAAAAAAUGCUUAAUCGGCGAAUGUUGGGUGCCUUGUAACGACAUACACAUUGUACAAAAAGCAUUGGGAGAUGGCUCGAAUGCAUGUGGUAGCUCCAUUCCGUCAUUUAUGAAUGUUAUAACCACCGCUGAAGAGCCUCCGACCUUUAACAGGACCAAUAAAUUCACCAGAGGUUUUCAAAAUCUCAUCGACUCCUAUGGUGUUGCAUCUUACAGAGAAGCUAAUCCAGCCCUCUACACAAUCAUCACUUUCCCUUUCCUCUUCGCCGUCAUGUUCGGCGAUUGCGGUCACGCAGUGAUCAUGCUGGCCUUCGGCCUGUGGUUGGUGCUGGCCGAGAAGAAGAUCGGCGCCCAGAAGAACAAGAGCGAAAUAUUCAGCAUCUUCUUCAGCGGCAGGUACAUCAUCCUGCUCAUGGGCAUAUUCUCGUUGUACACCGGUUUCCUCUACAACGACAUAUUCUCCAAGUCGAUGAACAUAUUCCAGACCAGCUGGUACGUGAAUUCGUCCUCGCUGGAUUUGAGUCUCGAGGAGAUCGAUCUGACGCCCAAGGACAACUACAUGGGAACCCCAUAUUUCAUCGGCAUCGAUCCUGCGUGGCAGCCUGCCAAAAACAAAAUCAUUUUCCUGAACUCAUUCAAGAUGAAGUUGUCUAUUAUUCUGGGUGUAGUCCAUAUGAUUUUUGGAGUAUGUGUCAGUACAUUCAAUUUCGUUCACUUCAGAAAAAUUUCGAGUAUCAUUCUCGAAUUCCUACCACAAAUCUUACUUUUGAUAUUCCUAUUCUUGUAUAUGGUAAUUAUGAUGUUCAUGAAAUGGAUCAUGUAUUCCGGAGAAUAUGAUGGAUGGGAUCUUGCGGUCGUCAACAAACACGGCACCUCGUGCGCCCCCUCGGUGCUCAUCUACUUCAUCAACAUGAUGCUGAUGGGCGAGAGCGAGCCGAACGCCGGCUGCGACACCUACAUGUACGAGGGCCAGAAGACGGUGCAGAUGGUGCUGGUGUUCGGGGCCCUUAUUUGCAUUCCCACCAUGUUGUUGGGAAAGCCGCUGUACAUCAAGUACACCAGGGGGAAAAAGCCGGCAGGAGUUACGAAGAAUAAAUCCAAUGGUGACGUGAACCAAGGAAUGGAAUUGGAGGAGGUUUCGGAAAAUAACCAUGAAGCUCCUACCCAUGGAAAAAGCCACGAGGAAGAAGAACCGCUUAGUGAAAUUUUCAUUCACCAGGCCAUCCACACGAUUGAAUAUACACUCAGUACAAUCUCACAUACAGCAUCGUAUUUGCGAUUGUGGGCACUCUCACUCGCUCAUGCGCAAUUGUCGGAGGUACUAUGGAGCAUGUUAUUUUCGAAAAUUGCGCUCAAAAUGGGAGGUAACUUGGGAAUCGUCUUCGUUUUCCUCAUAUUUUCAGUGUGGGCUACGUUCACCGUCGCCAUUUUGGUACUCAUGGAGGGCCUUUCGGCGUUUCUGCAUACGUUGCGUCUUCAUUGGGUAGAAUUUAUGAGUAAAUUUUAUGCCGGGGUCGGAUAUGCUUUCCAACCUUUCAGUUUCAAAAAUAUCCUGGAAGAUGAAGAGUCCAGUGAAUGA